AUGACGGCUGCGGCAGGCGUGCUAACAGGUUUGGCCAAACUCAAGCGCCAGGAUUCGGCACGUUCUCAGCAACGGCCUUUACCGGCGACGUCUGCAGGUUUGGCCGACGGUGCCCAAGAAGGAGCUCCGAGAAAACGAAAGCGGCGCACCGACGUGGUUGUCGUGCGCGGUCGCUUGCGCCUCUACUCCGCCUCGGGCUUCUUCCUCCUCCUGGGUCUCCUCGUUCUAGCCGCGGGGAUCGCCAUGGCCACCUUGGGCUACUGGCCGCCAUCUUCGGGUCAAAGCCCGCCCGGCGGAGGAGGACCCGAGUCAUCUGCAACGGAUGUGGACCUCUUGAAAAACUCUACUACAAGUCCGAACGUAAAAGGUCAGCCCACUAGGCAGCCAGACGGAGGCGUCCUCACCCGCUUCCUGGAGCGGCAUCGGCACUCAGAGAAGAUGAAGAUGUUCGGGCCCUUCACCAUGGGCAUCGGGAUUUUCAUAUUCAUCUGCGCUAACGCCAUUCUUCAUGAGAACAGAGACAGAGAAACAAAGAUCAUCCACAUGCGGGACAUGUACUCCACGGUCAUCGACAUCCACCGCCUCCGCCAGAAGGAGCAGAAGCAUCACCUCCAGCACAACUAUGCAAGAGAGGACCCCCGAAGCUACGCUGACGAUAACCCCAUCUUCGCCUUCUCUUCUUGGGCCGCGAACGCCGCAUCCCCCGAGGAAGAGGCGCUACUUAGGGACGAGGAGUCUCGCGGGCGGCCGGAUCAACCUCGUUUGGAUUGCAGUUUCGCGGGUCUGCUAGCACCGCUUUACAAGGACCGUGCUCCAUCUGAAGGGGCGGACCCGGAAAGGGGCGUCCACCGCGCACGCUCUAUUGUAUCAUCUUCCAUCUCGGCGUUCACGCUACCCGUCAUCAAACUUAACAAUUGCGUUAUCGACGAACCGGAGAUGGAAGCUAUCACGGAGGAGGACAGAGGAGAGCGCGGGAGGGACGAGGGGUUGAGUUUGUGCCCGGUUGGCGCCACGGCGUCACUAGCGGUUCCGGUUGCUAGCUUGGCAAAGGCUUCUAAAUCGCCACGCUUGCAUCGAAGUAACUCUGCAUCCUCGUCCUCAUCCGGUUCCUCCCUAGCGCCGUCCUCUACCUCAGGUUGUUGGCUUUCCCCCGGCGCCGCCCGUUCUGACUUUGGUUCCAAUUCGUCCCUACAUAUGCUAGGCAGCCACUCCAAAUCUUUGGAUCUGGAGCGGCAACCUAGCAUGCUAAGCGUACAUCGUGAUCAGCAUAAGCACCCCAGCUGGCCGCGCCUGGACCGCAGCAACAGCAGUCGUAGCAUCAAGGGCUACACCCGGCUGGAGGACCGGGGUGACGAGCACCUUGCGACGACGCUUCUACUGCCGGCCGCCGCCGCUAGGCGGGACUACAGCAAGCGAGAGAAGCUGCUCAUGAUUUCUCGCUCGCAUAACAAUCUAAGCUUUGAGCACGAAGACUCGAGCGGCGGGACGAUGAAACGGGGCAGCUCCGAGACACGUUUUUGA